AUGUAUGAGGAGAAUCAUUUGCGGGGGCCCAAAGGUGCAAAACGCAGUAACAGAAGCAAAGUGCCUGGGGAUGACUGCCCGCUGGUCUGGGGUCAGUGCUCCCACUGUUUCCACAUGCACUGCAUCCUGAAGUGGCUGAACUCACAGCAGGUCCAGCAGCAGUGCCCCAUGUGCCGGCAGGAGUGGAAGUUCAAGGAGUGAACCUGUGGAGGCGUCGCUGCCACAGAGACGAAAGGCUCGCUGCAGACUUUUAUGUAGACUGUAAAUAAAUCUGCGUUGGUACUUCUACUAAUGCAGAACACAUGCUGAAUAUGUUUUACUGUACUGGUAAGGAUUUGUGAUGAAAUUAAAUAAGAAAAAAAACAUG